GUAAGGGUUUGCACGAUGUGUAACGUCGCCUGCAAUAGUGAAGAUGUAUAUAACAAACACCUAUCCGGGAAAAAGCAUGCUGCUCAGAUUAGCUUGAUGUCUGAUAAUGGUAUUGGUUCUUAUCUUGCCGCGUUUAAGCAUCUUGGCAUUGGUCCUUGGAAAAAAGGCCCAAAGAAAAUUUCUACCCAACCUGCAUGGUGCGAACUUUGCAAGAUCAGUUGCAACAGCAGGGAUGUAUAUAUGACACACUUAGCUGGGAGGAAACACCUGAGGAACCUGGGGUUGCUCUCAAAAUCAAAUAAUGCUUUGCAGCGUGCAACCAAUCCUGUUGUUAGGCCCCAGGAAAGGCCAAACACUUGUGAAGAUGAAGGGAUAAAUUCACAUAAGCCAAAUAAAGCAGCCAUGGUUGAGGAUAUUGAGGCAAAGAAACGUAAACUUAUAAAAGGUGGGGCAGCAGAAACUGAUAUUAGAAUAUGCACUCUAUGUAAUGUGGUGUGCAACAGCCAAACGGUGUUCAAUUUUCACCUUGCUGGGCAGAAGCAUGCUGUAAUGGUGAAGCUGAUGAUGCAGAAGCAGCCAGGAUUGCUUGCAGAAAUGUCAAAUAAUUUCAGAAGUGACACCGAUACUUCUUUUAACGCGGAGGAACUCUUGAAAAUUAAAACAAGAUGUAGAGAGCUUAGAAAAGAGAAGGACAUGAUAAAUUGUUCACAAUCCCAAAUUUUUGAGCUACUCCGGAUAAUAGAACUACAUGAGAAGUCAUUAUUAGAGACUAGCAUAAAAGAUAAGACACACAUACAGAGGUUGGAAGAAGAGCUAUUGAACUGCUCUCAGGAAAUAGAUUACCUUAAGGAUCAGCUUAAUGGAAGGAACAUGGAGGUCAAAUACCUGCAAGAGCUUGUUUACAGCUUUAAACUGAAAAUAAAGGAUAUGGAAGGCUUACAAGAUGAGGUUAUCAGGUUAAAAGAGGAGCUGCAGAGAUCCAGUUCUGAACAAUUUUUCUUGUUGAAGGAAUUAGUGACUAAAGAAAUGGAAUUGGAGAAGUCAACACUGUCCGUAGAGAAAUUGAAGGAAUCAAUUUCAUCCAUGGCAUUAGAGUCUGAAUGUGAGGUAGAGUGCAUGAAACUUGACAUGAUGGCCUUGGAGCAGAGUCACUUUGAGGCUAAGAAAAUACAGGAGGAAACUCUGGAGGAAAACACUAGAAUGAGUAGAUUGAUUGGAGAGCUUCAAUUUAAAUUUCAGGAAGCCCAAAAAAAUAUUGUCUCUCUGAAUGAGGAAAAUAAGAAACUUAACAAUAAGAUUGAUGCUGUCAAUGUGAACACCGGAAAUUUUUCUCAGAAGGUUGAAGAGUGGCUAGAAAAGAAGGACAGAUCACAACUCAAUGGUCAGUCUUCCUUGAGCGAACAAGAGAAGGGUUCAGACAUAUCAAAGGAUAUAAGUGUUUAUGGAGAAGUAUUGGGUCCACUCCUUGGGAGGCUAUCUUUGGCGUUGGAAACAGAUGCAGAUAUUAAAGAGGAGAUGCAGAAGAUGUCACAUCAGAUGCAAAAGUAUAAAACACUUGUGGAGAAACUUAAGGAAGAAUUAAGAGAAGAAAAGUUGAAGGCCAAAGAAGAAGCAGAGGACCUUGCUCAAGAAAUGGCAGAGCUUAGAUAUCAAGUUACAGGUUUGUUAGAAGAAGAACGUAAGCAUCGUGCUCGCAUUGAACAGGCAUCCUUGCAAAGAAUUGCCGAGUUAGAAGCACAGCUUCAAAGAGAACAGAGAAAAUCUUUAUUUGCUGUCCGCGGUCUCCCUGAAGUGUAGAAACUGGAAUUAUUCAAAGUUUUUCAAGUUCAUCAGAAGAGACUCAUCUUAGAGAUGUACUGAAAGAUGUAGGAUGUCUUCUCAUGUCUUGGUUCCUGGAGAAGAGAAAUGAAGUGGCUGUACAGAAGAACUAGCUCGUGCGUGUCACAGUGUAUUUUGUGAUAUGGGGUGCAAGAAUUGAUAUAAACACAUUGAAUUUUUGUACAGAUGCCUGCGAUCUCUCUCUCUCUCUCUCUUCUUUCUUGCAAUAGUCUUGAUCAGGGUGGGAAUGUCUGUUAUGAAGGAUUGACUUCUAGGUCAAUUCUGUCAUUUGAAAUUUUGCUAUUUUUUUAUAUUGGGCGUGAGCAACCUAGUAUUGUGAUGUUUUCAGUACGCCCUAGACGAAUCGUAGGUCAUGGCUUGAGCAUAACAGUUGCUCUUGUAAUUGUAAAUUCAUCUAUUUAUGUU